UUAAGAUCUUAGAUCUUUUCUUAAGGAUUCUAUAUCCUUUAAGGCUUCUAUAACCCUCUUGAGUGUCCGAGCAGUUAGCCUAGGGCCAGUACCUGGCCAGGAUUACCUUGUAGUGCCGCAGUUCCUAACUUUUAGUCGUCCUUUCCAGCUGACUUGGUGGUUGUCCUGGCAACCUGACAGUUUUCCAAAAAAGACAACAAACUUGACAGGAAAGUCAGAGGAAUUAACUAAAAAUUUAAAUAAUAACUAAAGUUAAAGUUAAAACCAUAAACUCCUUGAAGUAUGUCCUAUUCUGUAGCCCCACACCGGGCCAACUUGCUCCUCCAGAUGCUGCUCCAGGCGAAUGUCUAUGUGUCCCUGGUGUGGGCCAUGAGCUUCCUGAUCCACCUGGUGAUUAGGGUAAGUCCUGGCAGUCAUAGAUUUAUCUCCAACCUUAUCCUUCGUAUUAUCCUCCAGGUGAAUCAAUUGUGGAACUGGAAUGGCCUCUCCCUGCUGGUGGCCUACCUCCUGGCCGUGUCCGCCGAGUUCAUGCGCCUGUACGCCGGCUACUCCGUGAAUCUCUGCACCGGCGCCACCGCCAUGUGGCUGCUACUCACCGUAACCCCCUGUAUCCUCCUGCCCGCCAUGGUAUUCCUCCGCCUGGCGGUCGCCGGCCAUGCACUAUGGCUGCGCAUCAUCUCGAAUGCGGUGUUCGCCCUGAUAGCUCUGGAAGUGGUAGUGGCUCUGGUGCACUUUGUUUUCUGCAAGCCGUUCCGCAACCCAAAGUCCAGCCCACCCGGUUUCCUUGUUUACUUGGAGAAGAAGCUAAACGAGGAGGAGGAGCUGCCCGAGGAGAACCCGCCCGAGGAGCAGCUAUCCCCCGCCUCCAGUGGGCAGAAAAGACGCGCCCGCCAAUCCCCGGAAUCCAAGUGA